UGUCGUUGCACCAUGACGAAUAUAUCAAAAUAAAUUACGCACACAUUUCGAUAUUAAGGCUCAAUAUACGCACAAUGUCAAUGUUAUUAGAUCGAUUUUGUUAUUAUUCAAAAUGUGGUGAGCUUCAAAUUAUCUAAAUAAUGAUUACAUAUAAUUCUAGGAAUCUCUAGUUUGGUUUCAUGUUUGUCCUUGUCAAUACAACGUUUCUUUAUGGAUUUGUAUAGCAUGCAAUCCACAGCAUGUUUAAUCCACUUAUGAUUAUUUAUGCGGAUCAUGUGCUUACUUCUCGUGGCGCAAGAUACUUUCGCGAAAGAGGACAAGGGCAGCAUGAACGAAUUAGACGUCUAUCGCGUUUCUCAGGUUGCGCAAUUCUUUCAUGAAACGAGAAAUACUUGCGUGAUUGGGUUUUGACAUUGUCAUUUGUACAGCUCAAAGUUCUAAGUGCGUGCAAUUCUCCAAGAAACAAUUCGUCCAAGCAAAAUUAAUAGUUUGUUAGUUUAUUUACGACACGCUGUUGCGCCAUAUUCGUGAAACGAUUAAUAUACAAAUAUCAUCGAGGUAUAUAGUCUGUCUUAGAUAUCCGUUAGAUGAUGAUUCGUUGGAUGUAUUGGACAUGAAAAAGAAUUUUUCUUUGAUAGCUUUCAUCGCGGAAAAUGUCGGUGCGACAUCGGCUAUCAAAAGACGUUCUCGACUUUCGAUAAGUUAACGAGGCAACAGCCGGAAACGAAGUCAAAGCUUCACUUCGUCUAAAUCGAAGAUGGACGCGUGGAUCAUCGAUCAUCGAUCAUUCGUGCGUCGAUUACGCGCCGCAUGACUUGCGUAAUCGCGAGAUUUGCAACGAUCCAGACACGCGCGGAAAAGAUCCAGGCGCCGGACGGACUUUCUCUUGUCUUUCCUUCACUGUCCUUCUCGAUAGUAGCUACCUUCCACGGAAGAUCUGGUCCGAGUAUGAAAGUGAAAAUUAAUUCCGCCAUUCGAAAUCAACGAGAGCAUGUUUAACAAUCACUACGUGUGAAUUUUCCAUGAGAAUCUAGUGAAGAAUAUCGAAAACUGUGAAAAUGAAAAAUAAUCGACAGUAAUAUUUUUGCAAGGAUGUUCUUUCUGCUCUCUCUAUCCCAUCUUUCCAACUAACUGAGAAAUUUAUCACAUUGUCUCCAGGUAAUAUGAUGGAUUCGUGUUAAUCAAUGUUCCCACAAUUUGAUCGCAUGCAUAAGUCGGAUGAUUCGCCCGUCACGCCUCGAGGAGGAUCAUCAUCACCUCGCAAUAAUAAUGUGCAACAAGAUAUAAAUUUCUCUUUAAGCAGCAACGUUUCGUGAGCAAUACCGAUGAUGAAAUCUCCAGCCUUAAACGUGAUACCGGUAGACAGUUACUAGUUUUUCCACAAGUAUUUUCUCCGACGCGGAAGAUCUCCAGUGAAAGAUAAUCUGAAAUUCUGCGCUAGGUAAAUAGACGUGAAGAAGCUGCACGUUACACACUCAUCAAUACGAGCAAAGGUCUUCGAAAUUGUGAAUAUGACUACGAUUCUAAACAAUAUCAUUUCACUUUUCGAUUUAUUUCUUCUCGAUUUUUUACAUUGAAGUUUAUCUUGCCCUCUCUUUUUCUUUCUUUGACAUCAGCAUUUAUAAGGAAAGUUUACAAGCUGACAUAAAAGGAAAGAGAAAAGUACCAUAGAAAGCAUCGCAAGUACUCUACAAAACGUUCUCUUAAUGUAUGCAAGGAUGUUCUGAUAUAUGACAUCGGAAUAAUCGACUUGGUAGUUUCAUAUUCACUUCAAUUCCUUCGCAAAGCUCUAUAAAGCAAAUCUAUGUUAUACGUUACAAAAUCGAAAGUCUAUUCCGGCUAUCACAGUCCAUUUGUCGCGAUUACAGCAGCUUAUCACUGAAAUUCUCGUUUAGAUAUUAACGGUCCGCACGAUGUGGCUUUUACCGCGAUGCAUGAAAUGUGAAAGCUGUAAUCGAGUGGUAACUUGCAUUUUCUAUCCGUCUAUAAUCUAGACAUUCUAGACGAAUAACAGCAUAACAUGCAGACCGUUCGAAGACCGUUUGAUUUCAGAUAAAAUCUCUCUAUUCGUCUAGAGAGCGUAAACCUUUACCAAAAGCAACGAAACUAUGGUGGGAAGGUGAGUCAGAGAGUGCAUCGCCCUAAGGAGGGUCCAAUGGACCGUUCACUCUUCCCUUUCUCGAUUACCUCACAAAGGCGUACCGUUUUACAUGUCAAAAUUGAUGGGAAGCGGUACCGAGCUCGCUGCAUGGAGAAUCUAAAGAAACCGUAACGUAUAGGUACAGUGUACAUUUCCUCGAAACUAAACCCACGUGUGAAGAGACGACGAGAUGAUGCGUGAGAGCAGGAACCGCUGUGAUCUCGAUAAGGAACACAAAGUUAUUCGAGAAAAUAGACAACGCGAUCUCAACUCAACGUGAAUCUUAAUAAACAUAGAUAAAUAUUAUCUAGACAUCGCUUUUCUAAUAAUAUCAGUUAUGUGAAAUCAUGAGGAAUGUAGCAACGAUCCCUUCGCAUCGGAAUUAGAUGAACAUCAGAUAUCUCGUGCGUGCCCGGACCUCCGAAUUAUGCAAUAAUUCGUGAAGAAACCCACGCAACACUGGCCAUAAAACCGUAACGAUCGUCGCCAAUCCGGCGACGGCGUUUCGGAAGAUCGAACGAUGAUGAAAGUUUUGUUCGUGUGUGCGUGUAUGUGACAAAGAUGUUGCACGAAAGUGUCGUAACAAUUUUGAGGACAACUUUGAGAAGACAAUUGUAGCAUAAAACAAUUUUCUUGAAAUUCAGCUGAUUUUUAGUUGAUUUUUACCUGAUAAAGUUGUUAAUUUAAAUGAUUCGUGAAGAUAGAGGGUACGCAAUAAUGAUGAUACGAAACGAUCAAUUCCCGCUCGAAUCAAAUGGAAUCAAAUUAAAUCACGGAUGAUCUCAUUGCAUCUACGCAUUAGAUAGGCUCGAAAUCCUACGCGCAGAAUGUCCUUUCCUCCUCCGCAGAAGUAAAAUAUUCCAUUGAUGUCGAACCGGAUGUAAACCGCGUCCAAGACGUAACAUUCUACAUUUCCGUACAUGUACGGCUGUUCUGGCAUUGCUAGAACAAAUUUACACUUCUGCACUCACCUAAAUAUGAUACUAUAUUAGAAAGUAUUAAGCAUGAUAGUAUGCUAUUGUCAUAAACACAAUAUACACGUCUAAAUACUUAUUCCGUUUUCUAGAAACGUACGCGUUAUAGUGUCAUAGAGUACUAUUGAGCUAAUAACAAACAAAUAUGACCCGUUAUAAUAAAAAUUAAAUUUUGAUUAAAUAAAAUAUUUUAAAGGACAGUAUAUUUUGCGAAACCUGAUUCACACAAGUGCGUAAAAAAUUUCACAGACAACAACGUGGAACUUACUCAUGAGCAAUCAACGUAACGUCCGGUUCGGGUCAGUUACGCACAUUAAAUAAAACACAGAUAGGAUAGUUAAAAAAAAGGACAGAAUGAAAAGGCCCUCGCGAGAGAUGUGUCAAGAUGGUUUUCCCUGGAUUGCAUUGAUAUUAGUCACAAAGCUGGACAGAAUUCGGUUUCCGACUCGGUCGAGUUAGGUAACAGCAUAGAGCCGCGAAGCCGGGACCAACGCGACUCAGUCUCGCCGUGCUUCUCGCGGCGAUAACAUCGACGACAUAGCUUAAAGCGAGCCUCUGAUAUGGGAUGUGGAGAACCAGGUAGUGGAUCGAGAGAAAAGAUAAUUUGCGAGACAGUGACGUGACAGUGAGCGUACCGGCGAUCAUCACUGAUCAACAUCAUGGAGGUGUCGAUGUCAUUGAUGAGGUACAUUUCUGAUUUCAAAAUUAGUUCAUGAAAAGUAAAUACGUAUUAUGAGUUUGUGAUAAUUAGUAAUUAUGAUAAUAAUACAGCGCAAUAUAUCUCGAGAUUAAAUGUUAAGCGAUGAUUGCAUGAAUGUGACUUUUGUAAAAGGUUGAACAAAUUAACAUUUGACGAUCGACGAUCCUUUCACUAUAUUGAAAGAGUUACGCAAAAGGACACGAUGGUCGCAUCGUAAUAUGGUAACGUAAAUAUCCUUGAAUGUUGGAAUUCCGGAAUUUUAUCUUUAUAACGAAAGGCAAUUAAAAGAAUUAAAAGUUUUCAAUAUCGGUUACUUCAGCAUUUGAAAUAAACGUUAACAAUUAACAAUAUAAGAGAUGACUGAUGAGGAACGACUCCGAUCGUCAAUGUCAAAAUUGAAUUCAGUUCAAGUUAAUCAAACCAAAUGAAUCAAAAAUCACACAAACGAUCACUGUUACGUAAUCGCUGUCUGUCUCUGUGUGUUUUGUAUUGCGUGAAUUUGAUGCGGCGUAGGUUGAUUAUGAUGUAUUAGCAAACACUUUCUUUUUACGGGAACAUAAAUCCUAUCGCCAUGCUUUCGAGAUACAAGCACGAGUGAUUAUGUAAGCGUGAUCUUAAUUAUAAUCCAGGCAACCCGAAACAUCCUAGAAUUCUUUGUAGCAAGUUGCUAACAUGAGCAACUUGAGGUAAUGCGCGUGUAUGCGGGAAAGACGAGUGACUCGAGUAAUAACUGGUUAUUACAAUUUAACGACACGGAAGACGGAGAAAGUGCAUAUGGCAAAGAAAGUAUAAAAUCAUGGCAAAUAAAUAAUUGCAAUAGCAUGUUGUAAAAGUGUCGUGGACCUAAAAGAAUAUUAUCAGUUUUACAGACGCAAUCACAUUAUUAUAUUUUGAGAACUCAUAAAUAACAUGAUUUCCUACAAUCAGGUUUUUUGUAUAAUUUCAUAUUUGUGUACGUUAAUUAAAUUAUAACAUCAAGCAUCAACAAUAUCAUGAGAUUAUUUUACUCAGAUUAUGUGUGAUUCGUAAUAUACAUAUAAUUUAAAAUAUCAUUUUCAUUUGCAUUGCUACAAAAGUCUUUAUAUGAUAUUACGGAGCACACACACCCACGUGUGUGUGCUGUGUGUGAACGUACAUAUGUAUGUACAUGUGAAUGUAUAAUGAAUGUAUGUGUAUGCAUAAUGACCAAAUUUUGGUAACAACUAAGAGCCGUAACGAAAAGAAAAGUAAAGAGCACAAAUUAUGCAAUACACUCCACGUUGCACAAGUCAUUAGUAUACAUGUACCACAUGUCACGGCCGCAAGGCAAGCAGCAAUAAGGACACGUUGAGCAACAGGAAUUUAUGAUGAUAGUGGUGGUUUUCAGUCGAAAGACUGAUGUUAGCCCAAGGAGGAAUUGUACUGGACAAUGUACUGGCUGCCACGUGCGUUCAAACAUUGCUUUCGCAUCGAAUCUUGCCACAAUUUGCUACUACAUACAUUUGCAUAGCGCAAUUGUUCGUAGAGGCGUUUGUACGCGCUUCCCACGUACUCGAAAUCUAAUCGAUAUUUUUUUUCCGCGAUUCCUCAUAAAAUCAGCACUUUUUUACUUUAAAUAUAACAGGAAAAUGUCAAUGUCACAGUUACCACAAUGUAAUUAGAGACAAAGUUCUGUCUUGUCUAUUGCCUUGUCUUCUCGUGUAUUACAAUCGAAAUCUUGUAAACGAGAAAGCUCUGAUGUAACUCGCCUUAGUUCGAUGAUCGCUAAUUAGAUGAUUGUGUAACGAUCGCACGCCAUGUUCACACCUGUGAGCAUCAAUCAAGGGGAUCCUAUGAACGCAACACGCGGACGAUAACUCGCUCUUUCGUUCACGCUUGACUGUUAAACCGAUUCAACGACGCACGGCGUUAAUUACAUAGGAAAAGGAAACAUCUUUUUCCGUAUGAUAUCUACCGUGUUUAAAAAUAUUAGAUAUACAAGAUAUAUAAGAACGCGAUUGCUACACUCGUAAUACGAUUCCUUACGUUUUACACAGAAAUUUAUAAAAUUCUGUAUUACUUUAUUCUCAACUUAAGAUGCGUUAUUGAUUAUUUCGGGAUAUGUCGACUGAACGAUCGCGUUAAGUAAUUAUAACGGUUAAGUAAUUAUAACUGUGAAGUAAAUCCCAGAUACUGAUAAUUGCUACAACACUGUAGCGGAGAAUAAAACUCUCGAUUUCAUGGCCGCGAUGGAAAGUCGCGGAAGAAAGCUCGUCUAGCAACAGUACUGAAAUGACGACAAGAUCUCACGUUUAAUCACUUCCUUAACAUUUGUAAAAAAAAGCCAAAACGAUGUUACAUUCCUUAUCCGAAUUAGCAGCGUUUGCGAUAUGUCACAAGAAUAAUCAAUUCAAACAUCUGCAAUUUAUAUCACAAAAAUCUCGUGAAUACUAUUAAACUGAUUUUCCAUAGAUUAAGCGUGUUAUAUUCGAGAUUUGAUUGGAAAAUGCAAAGUCCUCACCCUUGCGCAUCUUGCGGUCGGAAGGACUACGUGAGAAAAAAAAAAAGAGAAAAGACUACUUGCUUUCUGCGACGCGCGGAGCAUUUAUAUCACGCAGCACAUUAUUCUUAUUCCGCACACAUGCCGUCAUCCUAAUACCUGCCGCCAGGGACAAUGCCAUUGCCAUAGUGAAACAGUGAAAGUAUGGUCAUUUUGCCCUCGCUGUCGCGAACGCUUCUGCUCGUCCCACUCGCGCGCACGCAUGCACGCAAGCACGCACGACACACGCAUCGACGUUUCGCAUUAUCGCGAUAGUCUCGUUUAGAACGUUGCAACUCUCAAAGUGUCUUCCAGAGCACUUCGGUUGAAAUUAUUUCUACGCGCGCUAAACAUGAAAGCGCGAUGCAAAUUCUCUUAGGAAGCAUCAUCUACCUGUUCUCAGCGGCUAACGCGAGAACUGCGAUAAUGCCGCCACCAUGGGCCGAUCCUUCGAGCAACCCUUGUGCCGCACAACCACGCGGUUGGCAAUUGCUGUACUGGCCGGCCGAUGGGAAAUGUUACAAAAUAUUUCAGAUUGGCGCCCCGUGUCCCGAAACUAUGGAGCUGGGCCCUGCGGCUGGCGGCGGUGGAACGAUAGCAGAAUGCAGGUGUCCUCCGGGAACCGCUCAAUCACCCAGGGAUGCCCUGUGCCAUCCGAUAUUCACGAGAGCGUCCUGCUCCAGAGGUCAAUUCUUCGCGCCGGUACCUGACGCGCCUAGCAAAUCAGGUUCGAAACGUCGAUGGGGAGUUUGCCGCGAUCCAGAACCUUGCGACGAACAAGGCGAAAUUUAUUGGCCUAGAGACGGCAAAUGCUAUACGAAGCUCAGUAGGGGACCUUGCCCGCGCGGCGAACUCCUCGUCGUAGGCGAGGAUGGUCUGGCAACUUGUUCAUGUUCAACGAGCGGCGAAUUGAGCAGAUACCAUUGGCUGGGAAAUGGUGGCGGUUGUCACGAACACUAUACCAAGGGCCCGUGCUCGGAACCGGGGGAACUGUUCCUACCUGGUGGAACGUGUGGUUGCCAUCCUCAAUUACCUCACUAUCACGAACCAAGCGGAAUGUGCUAUCAGUUAGGCGGCGUCGGUCCGUGUCCACAAGGACACCAUUUUAUGGUGACGAUGGACGCCCGGUCCUCACAAAAUGAUGUCGUGCGAGCGAAAUGUGUCUGCAAAUCGGGUCACGUAUUGUACAAGAAUGGACUUUGCUACCGAUUGCAUACGAGGGGACCGUGCGAAAGCGGCUACAUGCUGAUUGACUCGUCGAACUGUGUUCCCGUGCCGUGCAAACGCGGCAGACUCUAUUUCCCACGGGAGAAGACUUGCUACAAGAUUGGCACGAGAGGACCGUGCCCGAACGGGCAGAUAGUGUUGUACGAUUAUAACGUGAGGCCAUCGCUCGACGGAAUCAGCUACAACGGCGUAUGCGGAUGUACAAAUAUCAUGAGGGAUGCUGGCAAGUGCAUGGAAGAUGAUAGCAACGACUGUGAGAGCACGCCGGGUAUGGUGAUGAUUAACGGUACCUGCUACAAACUGUACGCACAGGGCCCGUGCACCGCAGGCGAGUGGUUGGUCGCUCAGAGAACGCCGAGAAGCAGCCGAUUGUGGCAAGAAGGUGAGGCGCGACCGAGAGCUAGAUGCGAGUGUCGACCAGGUUACAAGAGAGUCGCGGAGAGCUCCAGAGAAGAACUAGAGAGCAACAAUCUGAUUUCGCCGAACGGCUGUCAACCACCGGCAGUAAGCCUAGCGAAGUUUCUCAACGACAACGUCAAGUCAACGAUCGGGUUUAAAUAAUCCGACAACUCUCUGCACAGUGAGACGUACUAUGGACACAUUUGUAAUUAUGGUGCCCUUGUCAGAUUCCCCAUCAGAAAUAAAUUUUUAUCUAGUGAAAAAAGUUCUUAAGAUGUGUUCAAAGCAUCUUGGACGAACAGCAGGAUCACGAUGAUUCUAAGAGAUAUCGUGUAUAUGUAUACCGUUUUACGGGUUAUUUUUUAUCCUAGUUAAGCAACAUUUUAUUUAUUGCGUUCUGUAUAUCUCAAGCAUUGUAAAUAUCUUUCAUACCGCAACUUACAAAGCGUACAGUUUCCUGAGAGACACGUGCCACCUUGUUUAACUGUUAAACAUUGUAAAUAUAUAUAUGUGUACUUACUCAUUUUUCUGUUGCAAA